AUGGCUACGUCGCCUAUUUUGCCAGCGCUGUCGAAACACAAAUAUCAUGAAGCCUAUAGUGUGUACAGUAGAUUGAGCAACAGAGAGACAACUUUAAUCGAAUGGUUUCGUGGAAAUACACAUUUGUUGGCCGACGCCAUUGCAGCGUCGGUGCGGUCACAGGAUACGGAAGUAAAGGUGCUAGGUGUUGGGGCCGGCGACGGUCAUGUGGAAAGCCAGAUCUUCUCUGGGCUCAGAGACAGUUUAGGACAUCACAAGAUGAAUGCGACCAUUGUGGAGCCAGAGGCAAGCAGCUUACAGCGCUUCCAGGAUCUAGUUGCUAAAGAGCCUCUGCAUGGUGUCACUUUCGACUGGAGAUGCCAAACUUUCCAAAACUACGACAAAUCCGAAGAGGCAAUAGGCGACAAGUUUCACAUCAUAACUUGCAUCAGUAGUCUGUAUUACUUGGGAGACUUAGACGAUGCUUUGAAAAAUCUGUACAGCAGACUCGAAGAUGGCGGCAUUCUACUACUUACGGCGUCCAAAGGUGGAGUAGGUUGGGGAAAGAUGAUGCAGUAUCUCCAAACCAAGCUGGACAGCAGCCCAUGCACAGUAUUCUGCACCUCCUCCGAAGUCCAAGACGCAUGCAAGAACCUCAACAUGCCUGUCUCACAGAUGCACGUCAUCAAGAUGCACCUAGAUGUCUCGAUGUGUCUGGACAAACCUCCUGACCAGCUAUCACAAGACGGGCUGGCUCUGCUGGAUUUUAUCACGUAUAGAGAGGAUUUCGUUCGGCGAGCACCGCCAGAUUUGCGGGACGAGGUGCUAAGAUUCUUUGGCAGCGAGUGCUCAGAGAGAGGUCCAGCUGGGAAGUUCGUUCUCGAUGAAAGCACCUUGGUUGUCGUUCGUCGCGAGGGAUGAGUCUUGAUUUUGAUUUUUGGAAGGGUUAACCUUUCUGAUUUAAAGGCAUAUAGGAUCAUUAUCUUAUCCCAAGAGUAAUCUGCUAAUUGUUAUCAAAAAGCUUAUAUUAAAGAUCGUAUAGUACUGACCAACUCGUGAAAUUAUUCCGUCUGGCUUGUUGUCAUUGAGAAGAACAAUAUUCGUCAAUAAUGAAACGGGAGAUGUCCUUAAAAGCUAGCCUCCCUCGGUGAUCCAUGGGGCAUUCUAUUUUCCCUCGGCUUAGCCUCGGGAGAAAUAGAACGUCCAUGGCUCACCCCGGGAGGCUAGUUUUACUACACGGUAACACCACUCGAAGCAUUCCAUAUUUGUAUAAUAUUGCUAGAGAUACAGCUAUUCAGAAAAGGAAUCUUUUGGGGGGACGGAACUCGAAAAUAGCAUGGGGAAUUAAAUAGAACUUUAUGACCUUGACGAAUGUUAAUGUUCAAUGUCUUAACUACAACAGCGCCCCCAUACGUCAGCAUUUAUUGUAAGGAUUGUCAACAGUAAAGGACAGAAAGGCAGUUCACGUUCCUUUCAAUUGCCAAGGCAUUAAAUGUAGUGCCUUUUUUCCCUUUCAUUGAGAUUAUUUCAUGGGCUCUUUAUAAAUUAACUGUAUUUUUCAUUUUUUUUUGGGGGGGGGGGGUGGCAAUGGGGGCAUUAAUGUUAAAACCCAAGUCUACCAAACUCAUAUUAUGUCAUACAAAAUAUGCUGCACAUCUCAUGUGAUUUUUAAGUAUGUUAAAAAUAAAUGAGGUAGGAAAUCCAAUUUACUUUUAUUCAGCUUUUGAAUAUCAAAAUAUUUCAAUAAUUCAUUGAUCAACAAGAACUGAAAUAAAACACUCGUACAACACUAAUAACAAGA